AUGUCCCUCUAUCACGAGGGCGCAGAGGUGCUGGUCGCCUCGUCGACGGAAGGCGGUAGUCUAAAGUCCAGAAUUUUCGGCCGCCGCAACAUCAAGUCUACGCCAGGCCAGCUCUACGCCCUGGUGUUUGAAACGUGCAAAUGGAGUUCAGUGCUGAAGGAAGUCAUUGAUGCUUCCUCCGUCUUGUUGAUAGAGAAAAAGCUCACACCCGUCCUUGCUCUUCUGCUGGCGCAUGACCUGCUACUAGCCAAAGGCGGCGUUGCCCUUCCCAAAACUCACGGCUUGAGGGUGACAAUUGAGAAGCACAAGGCCCGAUUGACGUCGGAACUCACUCGCGCAAGAUUGCGUCGCAGGGCACCGACCAUGGAGGCACUCAAGGAGCAGAUUGAUCGCGCGGCGGCUGGCGAGGAGGCGCAAAUUCCGCGAUGGGUCCGCAUCAACGUCAUCAAAACCACAGUCGAAGAGCAGCUCAACACCACAUUCAAAGGGUACAACCAGGUGACCACUAUUGAAGAGGUUCUGGCACCGUCAACGGGCGGGAAGCAGAGGAGGAUCCUCAUCGACUCGCACAUUCCCAAUCUCGUCGCCAUUACGCAAGGCACCGACUUAUCCAAAACGGAGGCGUACACUUCUGGUAAAAUCAUCUUUCAGGACAAGGCCUCGUGCUUUCCUGCCUAUCUGCUCGACCCCAUGCCCGAGGACGGCGAUGUGGUGGAUGGCUGCGCAGCGCCCGGCAACAAGACGACGCAUUUAGCCGCGAUAUGCCAUGCUAGACGACCUGACUUUGAGACGCCAGAAUCGCAAAAGAUUUUUGCGUUUGAAAAAGACAAGCGUCGCUCGCAAACGCUGACGAAAAUGGUCAAAAUUGCGGGUUCGCACGGCUCAACGAGGGUUGGCUUUGGACAAGACUUUUGUCAGGUUGAUCCGACGGGCCAGCAGUUUGCCAAUGUGGGCGCGCUUCUGCUGGAUCCGAGCUGCUCAGGGAGUGGCAUCGUUGGCCGCGAUACCAUGCCAGAGCUGCAUGUUCCCGAGGCAUCACCCGCGGCGGGCGCCAGCAAGAAGCUGGACAAAGGAAAAAGGAAAGCGUCUGAGAAGAAAGAAGAGAAGAACAAGAAGAGAAAAUUGGACGACAAAGAAGAGGCUCAGAACAGCGUCAUGAUUGACGACGAGGGCAACGAGACUGUGGUAAAUUCAGAAAAGGAUCUUGAAGCACGACUGCAGGCUCUUGCUGGGUUCCAGCUCAAGAUUCUUUUGCAUGCUCUUGCGUUCCCUGCGGCGAAGAAGGUGACGUACUCGACAUGCUCGAUACAUUCGCAGGAAAACGAGCACGUCGUCAUGAAGGCGCUACAAUCAGACGUAGCCCAGCGACGCGGCUGGCGCAUCAUGAAGCGUUCCGAACAAGUACGGGGCAUGCGCGACUGGCCGGUCCGCGGGCUCGAGGAAAGCUGCGGCGGGAAUGCCGAAGUCGCCGAGGGCUGCAUCCGCUCCUACAAGGGCGACGGACACGGCGUCAUGGGCUUCUUCGUGGCGGGUUUCGUGCGGGACGGCAGCGCGGACGAGGCGAUGGAUCCGGACGGCCCAUACAUGAGGGACGAGAGGGGCAUGAUUAUUCGCGACGUAACUGGCAUGCCGUACCUGAAGACGACGGGCAAGCCGGUGGAGCUGCUGCCGCGGGAUGAGAGCGAGGUGGAGGAUGAGGAAGAGGAAGAGAUGGAUCCGGAUGGGCCGUUUGUGAGAGAUGAGGCGGGCAUGAUUAUUCGAGAUGAUGACGGAAUGCCGUUUCUGAAGAGGAAGAGUAAACCGGGGGAAUUGACGUCGAUAAAAGAGGGCGAAGAGGAGGAGGAGGAGGAGGAGGAGGAGGAGGAGGAGAGUGAGGAUGAUGACGAUGAAAAUGAAGAUGAUGGCGAGGAUUUAAAUGACUGGGAGGGAUUUGAGGAUUAA